UGAUGCUCUACUGUGUAGGUUUUCAGAUCUAUUAUUAUCUGGAUUUGUAAGUUUGGCAGGAUAUCCACAAAAGUCUGUAAGAUGAACUUAAUAGACGGAAACAAGGCAUUUCUAUUCGAAGCAGGUGCUGUCAGGAGGAAACACAAGCUUUCUGAUCCUGAAUGCUUGAUUCCAGUAAAGCGGAUUAAAGACAUUGAUUCUGACAAGGAAUUUAAAGGGAACAUGAUGCUUCAGUACAAGGUUUCCAUUGUUGAAAGUUGUAUGUUUGUGACUGAGUACCAACUUCCAUCUGAUAAACCUGUGAGUCUGGCCACCCGUUAUACUGAACCAGUGAUCAUUCAGAGGAGUAAAGUGCAAACUGAGAAAUACAGUCAAGAAUAUGUGAAGUCUGUGCACACUUCUGGAACAAGAACAGCAUCUGAACUGUUAUUAAAUGACAAGAAUCAGAGCAUCAGAAUCAACCAGUUCUUCAGUCAUGACAGUGAUGGAAACACACCGAAAACUGUGAUUCUCAGUGGAGAUUCUGGAAGAGGAAAAUCCUUCAUCUUACAGAAGAUCAUGCUGGACUGGGCUUGUGGAGAACUUUACAAUGAAAACUUUAGUGUAGUUUUCCGAUUGAAGUGGGAAAACCUGAAGUGUCUUUCUGAGGAGAUGAGCUUGACUGAGCUCUUGAGCAGGAGCUGUAGUUUAACAUCUGAUCAGAUCUUAGAGAUCCUAGAAUUAACACCAGAGAAAGUUCUGUUCCUCAUUGAUGGAGUGAACGUGUUUGAAUCUCAUCCAUUCACUCAAUUCACGUUACCACACACUGAUCCAUCCAAAAGAGCUCCACCUUUGGUUAUUCUCAGGAACCUGUUUGAGGGAAUCCUGCUGCCUCUGUCAUUCAGGCUCGUCACCUCAAAAUGUAUAGCUGCUGAUGUAGUGAUGAUAAAUCUCCUGAAAGGACCUCUGCGUUUCACAGAGAUUGAGGGUUUCUCUGAGAGAGGGGUGCAGGAGUAUUUCCAGAAGUUCUUUCAGGACGAGAAACUCUUUAAGAAGGCAUACGAGAGUGUGAAGACCAAUGAAACCCUCCUGACCACCUGCUCUGUGCCUUUGCUGUGCUGGAUGGUCUGUUUUUGUCUGAAGAAGGAUGCUAAUCAGGUGAUGACAGAACUAAAGACCACCACAUCCAUAUAUGUGCACUUUGUAUCGACUCUGCUGAAGGAUCAUCACCAGAGUCAGUCAAUGCUCAGGAGUCUUGGUCAGCUGGCAGAGAAGAACAGAGAAGUAUUGAUAAUACAGCAUGUCAGCUUUCAGAAGUUCCUCACAGCUCUUGAUUUCUUCCUUGAUAAAAAAGAUCACUGUUGGAAAACAGAAGACAGCCUGUCUACAGACAAAAUCUCAUAUUUAAUGUCUUCACCUCAUCUGCUGUUUGCCUGUGGUCUCUUAAAUAUUAAAGUGGACAGCCUUUUUUUAAAAAUGUGUGACUGGAAAGUUGACUGGAAGAUUGACGAGAACAAUCUGAAAAUAAAACUGCUUGAAAAAAUUUUAGCAAUGUCAAAGCAAUAUAGAGUUAAGUUGUUUGCUCUGCACUGUCUGUAUGAGCUCCAGGAUGAUGAGUAUACAAGGAUAGCUUUGGCAAGUUGGGAAUCAGUGGAUCUGUCUAAUGUUUUUCUGAGGAGCACAGACUGUUUGGCGCUGCGUUACUGUCUUCAGUUGUGUCCAAACAUCAGAUAUCUAAAGAUCAUGUACGAUGAUUUAACAGCUGAUAAACUCAAGAUUCUUCAGCCGGCACUCGCCCUGUGUGAGACUCUCAGCAGCUCGAAACAAAAGGUUUUGGACAAAGACGAAAAGCUGAGCACCUGUAACCCUGGAGCGUCUGCACUGGAUCCUCACUGUCAGUCUUGUGUUGACGUUGCUGAUUCAGAUCAGUGGGUUCAGGUGCAGCCAUCAGUCUGUAGAGAUGAAGAAGGCUCAGAGUUCAGGAUCAGCACUCCAGCGGGUCGAUUUCAGUGCAGCAGGACCAGAAUGCGAUGGGUCUGUGAUGGAGACGUCACUCUCCACUACCGGACAGUGGAUGGACAUUUCCUCAACGCAGAGCUGGAGAGACUUCAGUGUGAGCGAGUUGCUCCUGUGCUGGAUGUGAAUGUGAUCUCAGGGAAACUGGAGGAGGCUCAUCUGCCUCACUACAUGUGUUUAGCAGAGUCAGACCCUGCUCUCACCAGCGCUGUCAAGCUCCUCAGCAAGAGAGAUGAAGGAAUAUCUGUACAAUCUGUAGAGCUCAGCCGUUAUCAUGCUAAAAUAUGUCAACCGUCAUUCUCUCUUACAACUCUGAUUAUAAACUGGAUCAUGAAAUGGGAAGCACACUGUAAUCUUCUCCUCUAUAUGCGCUGUAGAGAUCCUCUCAUUCUUCAUGUCUAUUUUUUCCCGGUGAAUGAUACUUGCUCUAAAGAAAGAGUAGAGCAGAAUGAAAGAUCAAGUCUUCUGAUCAGCCACCCCAGACCUAACAGGCCAUUUCGGAUGAAAACUCCACAUCUCCUUAAAGUUCCCGGUGCAUCUGUCCAUCCUGUAGAGGGAAUUUCAUUCAGAACAGACUUUGAGCCAAACUUCUUUAAGGUCAGGAAGCUUCAGGACGAUGAUGUACAAAUGAAUCUCAUCAGAGAGGAAGACAAGGAGUCUGUGUGGACGGCCACUGUAUGGAAAGAUGAAUUUGUCCACUUAAAGCAAGUCCAGGAUGAGCCGCCACUGAACUCUGAGAUUGAUAAAAGUCUGUUUUUUGAUGCACACAGAUUGGCUUUCAUUCAGAGGGUUAUAAAUGUGAAGAGCAUUGCAGAUAAACUUCAUGAGCAGAGAAUAAUUCAUAAAGAAUUAUAUUCUAAAAUCAUACAGACUAAUUUGCCCAGUCAGGAGUUUAUGAGAGACAUCUGUGACUCUGUGGAUUCAAGUGGUGCGACUGCAAAAAGGAAAUUCAUUGUAAUUCUUCAGGAAGAAGAGCCCUGCCUCCUUGAAGAACUGAUGCGCUCUGAUUCAUAAUGACUUCUUAUGUUAAAACACAGUAAGUGCAGGGACAGACAGCAUGGAUUAAAUUGUAAGAUUAUAUGAGUAUUUCCAACAAAACUACUGUUGAA